UGGGCUUAGUUGCCCUGUAGCAUGUGGGAUCUUAGUUCCCCGACCAGGGAUCAAACCCAAGUUCCCUGCAUUGGAAGGGAGAUUCCUAACCACUGGACCACCAGGAAAGUCCCAGUGAGCUUUUAGAUUCAAGCAGUUUGUUACAUAGGCAGUGAAAAGAGUAAGCCCAAAGUGCCAGCUUCCCAGGUUGUCCAACACACCAAAAAGGACCAUACUGAUACAAAUAGGGCUGGAUGACUGCAGUGUGAGCUGUGCGGUACUUUUGCUGGGGAGCCAAGUCUAGACUGCAGCUACGUGCUUUAUAUGUACAGCUCUAAUCUGAGAGCACAAAGUCCCAUACCCCAUCAGAACUGGGAGUUGAUGAGAAACUCUUUCAUAAUGGUCUCCCAUGAGAUAGGGAAGACGAGUGGGAGAUGGCCUCCUAGCAGUUCCUUUCAGGCCUCCCGUCCUCUUGUGUUCCAGGAGGAUCACACAGACCUUCAGCCAAAACUCUAAGCUGCAGUUCAAUGCUUUGCCUGUAAGGAUACGUGCAAGGCUGCCAGGGCACCUUGAUAGAGCCGUUCCCCUACAUAAAUGUUUUACAUAUUAAAAUUAGGCAAAAAGGCUAUAAGCUCGUGUGCGGUGGCGGAGUCGGCAUAGUAGUCGGCAGCGGCUGCAGCAAGAGUUUGGCACUAUGUCUCACACCAUUUUGCUGGUACAGCCUACCAAGAGGCCAGAAGGCAGAACUUGCUAUUAAUCUGUGAAUGAAUGCAUGGAAGGUGUUUGUAAAAUGUAUGAAGAACAUCUAAAGAGAGUGAAUCCCAACAGCCCUUCUAUCACGUAUAUCAGUCAGUUAUUUAAUUUUAUUGAUGACCUGGAAGACCUCAGCUGCCUUGUUUACCGAGCUGAUACCCAGACAUACCAGCCUUAUAACAAAGACUGGAUUAAAGAGAUCUAUAUGCUCCUUCGUCAACAGGCCAGGAAACAGUUGAGUUUGGAAGCAUUAGGGGGAUGGGGGUGGGCUUGGAACACAGGUGUGUACAGAGUGCUGUAGUAGAAGUUUUGUAUUAUAGUAAUCCAGUUUCCAUUUUGGUAUACACUAGCCAGCGUUGAAUGUAUUAGAUGAAAUGUGAGGAUCUUGUUCAAUCUGAAACCCCUUUUGCCCCCUUCUCCCCCUCCCUUUUUUUUUUAACUUAAAACAUUUUUAUGAUGAUUUAGAUGGAAGCUGGUUUUUGUCAGUUACUGUUGGUUCCAGUCCUUCAAACUGUUCAUAUCUGCUUUAACAUUCACGGUACUGACCCUUCUUCAAAUCGGGGUGGGGGGUGGUGACGCGGUUUAGUUACGUCCUCAAGACAAAGUCUUAGUGAAAAACAAAUAAAUGUCCUUUAGUUAUAUUUUCAAAAGAUAAUAAUAAAAUUAGGCAAAGUUAUAUUAAUUAUAUAUCAAUUGAUAACAAUGACGAAAGAAUAAGAAUUCAAGUAACAUUUGAACACAAAAAUCUGACUGUACACCCUUCGAAGGUUUUCUGAGGACUAAUGAACUGCAAAGAAAUCCUGAGCUUUGCUUAGUAGUCUUAUUGUUGAUAGCAGCAUUGAUGUUAUUCGGAUACCUUUGUAUUGUAGGAUAAAAACAACUGCAAAUAUAUUGUUGUCCCAAAUAUGGGACAAUUUGGACAUCAAGAAAAGGAAAUUGAUUUUCUUAAGUAUGGUAAUGGUUUCAUAGGCUGUUCCUGUUCCCAGGAGAUGCAUGCUGAAAAAUUUAGAAUUAAGUCUCAUGUUCUUGGCAGAAAAGAAAUGUGUUUAUAAGCGAACUGGAGCCAGUAUGGCAAAAUGUUAACAGUGAAUCUGGGGGAGAGGUACUUGGGUGUUCAUUGUACUGUUUUGUUUCUGGGAGUUUGACACUACUCAAAAUUCAGAGAAGAAUGAUCUACUGAGGAUCUUUUCACAACUGGCAGGGAC